GGGGAGUAAUUGACUACAGGACAAGUGUGUGCAUGGAAGGAAAACGUGAGAAAAAAAAGGGAGUAAUGUUGUUGAAAUCAAAGUGAUAUAUUUCAGUCUCUAAACUGCAGAUUAGCUCCUUAAUUCAAAAAUCUGCAGGAUUGGAAACUUCUAUUGAAAUCAACCGGAAGGGACCAUGAAGAAGAAACAGCAGAAGAGUGACGAGGCUCCGGCCGGCUACGUGGUGGGCCAGGUGGCCGGGAGUUUGUUCCAGAAGGACGCUGCAGCCUCCGGGUCGCUCUCGGCCUUGUUCAGCGUCACGCCUCCUGCUGCUCCUGUUGUGUUUCAGCCGGCACCGAAGGCGGCUCCUCAGAGCGCGGAGGUGAAGACGCAGAGGGAGACUCCGGAGGUCAAAGGUCACAGCGCCCAGAAGAACAAGAAGAAGCCGCCCAAACAGAAAUCAGCUGCAGAGCAGAAGCUGGACAGCAGGGAAAGUUCCUUACAGAAUGCAGACGAGGAGGACCAAGCGAAAACAUCCCCCAAGAAGAAGAAGAAGAGGAAGGCGCCAGCCGAGGAGGAGGAGGAGGCGGCGGCGGCGGAGGAGCGGAGGCCGAUGAAGAGGCCGAGGACGAAGGCUGAUGCCGAGGCGGAGGCUGACAAGAGGAAGAGGACGGUGUUUGUGGGCAACCUGCCCGUCAGCUGCACCAGGAAGACGCUGCGGAGCCUCUUCAGGGACAAAGGAGCCAUCGAGUCGAUCCGCUUCCGCUCGGUGGUCAGGGAGGAUCCGUCCAUGUCCAGAAAACUCGCCACCAUCCAACGUAAAGUUCACCCCAAUAAGCAGAGCAUCAACGCCUACGUGGUGUUCAGGGACGAGGACGGAGUGGCCAAGGCUCUACAGAGGAACGGCAUGGAGAUCGAGCAAAACUUCCACAUCCGGGUGGACAGAGUGACCGAAAACCCCACGCACGACCACAAACGCUCCGUGUUCGUCGGGAAUCUGUCGUUCGAGAUAAGGGAGCUGGUGUUCCGGCAGCACUUUGAGGAGUGCGGCGCGGUGGAGGCCGUCAGGCUGGUGCGAGAUCCCAACUCGGGCCUGGGGAAAGGAUUCGGUUACGUUCUGUUUGAGAGCGCCGACUCGGUCCAGCUCGCCCUGAAGCUCAACGGCUCCUCGCUGGAGGGCCGAUCGAUCCGCGUCAAGAGGUCGGUCAAGAAAGAGAAGGUGAAGAGCCAAAGCCACCCGAGCAGAGGAAACCCAGCUAAGGGCCCGACGAGGGGCCCGACGAGGGGCCCGGGCGGCCCCGAGGGACAGGCAGGAGAGAGGAGGGACGCGGGGAAGGAGAGGAAAGGAUUCCAGGAGAGGAAAGGAUUCAAGGAGAGGAGAGGAUUCACGGGCCGACCAGCCAAGUCGACCAGCAGCCCGUCCUCCUUCAAAGGCGUCAUGGUGGAUCCCAGCAAGAAAGCCAAGAAGAAAGGACUGAAGAAGAAACUGAAACCCAAGAAGACUGUUCAUAUAUGAGAUGUUUAAAGUUUAAAAAAUCUGUAAUGCUUCCAUUUAAAUAAAUGUCUGUCCUGAUGUGCUUCACAUCUGUCUCCAU